AAGCUCCGCAGCGAGCAUCGCCUCAACCGAGUGGCACACAUCUUCCUACUUAGAACCCCAUCCCCGUCUCACCGAGACCACAACCAGAGAUGAUACUCGACUCUGAGGAUCUUCCGCCCCCUUACACACCUCUCCCGACCCCCGGCGGGGAGCAGACGCUGUCGUACGGCCCCACUCGCCCGUUCCAGAAUGCGCAGCAACAGGAACAGCAGGAGCGGGCCGGGGGUGGGAUGCGUGCGUGGCUCGAGCGGUCGAGGGGCGCGCAGACGCUCGCAAGAGGCAUUGGCACGAGUUUGGGCGCCGGGCGAGGGAGAGGACGAGGACGAGGGACGGUGGAUCGGAGCAGAGGAUGGGACAGCGCGAGGAGGGAACGCCGGCACUCCGUCCCUGCAUCUACACCCGCACCGAGGCAUGCCAUACCUCGACGUGCCUUGGCUGGUUCCGCAACGAUGCGUACGCCCCCGCCACGGCAUCCUUCGCAACGCGCGCGCGAAGCACCACUACCGCCGCUCCCCGCCCGGUCGGCGCAGGAUUUUGCCACUCUUCCUUCCCGCAUGCCGCAAGCUGCCCACUCGGAUUUCGCGCAGGAGUUUUAUGCGGCGGGGACGGGGGAGAGUGUCGGGUUGCAGUUCGAGGCGAUGACGCUGGGCUCUGGGCCAGGGCCGAGUUCUGCGCAAGCGUCGACUUCGCGCACACCAUUGACUUCAUCUACGUCGUCGUCUGCACCGAUAGAUUCUGGCCUUCCCAGACCGACGACGACGCCUCAGGCGGGACACCCGCUACUUCACAAAGGGCAAAUCUUGUUCUAUCCUGCUGGGGUGCAGUGCAAGAAGUGUUACAACACUGGGUACCAGCGCUUUGACCCAUCGCGGCCAUGCAGCCGAUGCUGGCGCAACUACGGUCGGCCGUAUAGCGGCCCGCUCCUCCUCGCGUCUACAGGAGCGUUCGAUACACAUGCGGAUCCCUCAUCGUCCUCUUCUUCCAUCCAACGGCCACUGCCGACCAACUUCGGCUUGAGUGCCUCCGCAGGUGAAGGUGGAGCGGGCGGAGAUCCUGCGUUAGAGCCGACCGCAAUGCCUCAGCACGGGCAUCCGCUGAUGCAUAAGAACAAGGUCCUGUGGUAUCCGUCGGGUUAUACAUGUGAUAAGUGCUUCAACACUGGCUUCAAGCGCUUCAAUCCCUCGAAGCCGUGCUCCCGGUGCUGGAAGGCAUUUGGGCGGGGCACCGAGCUCGAGCACUCUGCAUCAUUCUGGGCUGCCCAGGGCUUGGUCUUUCAGCGGCCGUUGUCGAGUAACAGCGCGAUGGGAUAUCCUGUGGCCGACGCCUCCUCGCCUUCCACGCCAGGGCCUUCGUCAUCGUCUGCCUUCCUCGCGGCGCCGACAACUUCCCGACGGCUGAGUGCGCCCGCCGGAGGCUGGGAGGAUGCCAAGUUUCCUCGCUCAGCACAGUACGUCUGAUGGCCAACCUGUGGUCCUGGUCACAGAUGGAUGCUUGUUGUAUCUGAGUCUUCGAUUCCACAUGUGAACUGGCUCGCCCUUGGCACCUGGAAUGUUUCAUGCGCCAUCUUCGUCGCGUACUAGUUGUAGAUGUAUUCAGAUGUACACCGUUUCAUUGUAUGCACACCCAUAUGUAACAAAGCUCACUUUGCACGGAUUGCCAGUAUAGAACUUGUUUUACCAAUCACGUGACGCCGAAGGCCUUCACUCAUUGCCCACUUGAAUCUGCUCUGUACCUGAUCAUGAGAACGCCUAAAUGCAUAUCUCCGCCUUCCUCAGCUCUCAUGCCUCACUCCGUCUCCGGCUGUGGGCGGAAGGGCAGUGAUACCCACCCAAGCAACGGACCCACGUCAUGAUUGCGCAGUCAUGAUCCAGAUCCUUGUUUCAAGCCCAGCAAGAAACGGAGAAGUUGCCUCUAAAGGGAUUGGAUGAACAUUAAUAAGGCAUGCCGUGAGCACUGCCCGCGGAUGGUUUUGCCAUUCAUCCAUCUAUUAUGUACACGGGCAAGCCCUUCUUUCCGCCCAUCCCACCACCGCACAGUAUGAUCAUUCCCAAAGACGAACUCGGGGAGAAGACUCGCCGACUCGACGACGCGGAGCUAGAACAUGACGACACACCUCCGCCGUACACCUUACUCCCCGCUGCAAGCACGAGCGUGAUCCCCAACGCGCCUGUGCCCUCCAGCUUUGUAUCCCCGCCACCUCCUGCAAGUGCGGAUGACGAUGAAGAUGAAGAUGACAAGGCGGGAGUCAUACGGGGGCCAACACCACCUCCGUUGGCACCCGGCGUCGGGCAUGCGCAGUGGCUGCGCCCAAUGGACUCGAGUCUCACGCUGGCCUCGUCGUCGUCGUCGACUGCGCCUGCGCCAGCGACUGCGCGACCGACUACGACCCCGCAGGCGGGGCAUCCACUGCUGCACAAGGGGCAGGUCCUGUUCUACCCCGCCGGCGUGCGGUGCAAAAAGUGCUACAACACGGGCUACCAGCGGUUCGACCCCGCGCGGCCCUGUGCGAAAUGCUGGCGGCAGUACGGACACACGUACGCUGGGCCCCUCUUGGCUGCGUUCGACUUGGCGUCCGCGUCCGCUUUGGCGAGCCCAUCCGACACGCCGAACGCAGAAUCAUCGGUUCAGCGGCCCCUCCCUGAGAACUUUGCUCUGAUUGUCACCGACACAACGGACGGUGCCGAUCCCGCGCUCGAGCCCACGGCGCGGCCGCAGCAUGGGCAUCCGCUGAUGUACAAGAAGAAGGUGCUGUUCUACCCCGCGGACCACACCUGUCCCAAAUGCUGCAACACCGGCUACAAGGGUUUCAGGCCGUCCAAGCCGUGUUCUGGGUGCUGGAAGACCUACGGCCGGGUGCUGGACGGGGAUCUGCUCGGCCUCGCGCCGUCUCCGGCGGCCUGGGCCGAGAGCCAGGGCCUGGUGCUGCAGCGCCCUUUGACGAGCAACAACCUGAGCAGAGCGGACUCGCUGGGCGUGAUCGACACGGCAGCGGAUGCUGAGGACCAGUCGGACUACCACCCGUCCCAACCGCCCUCGCCCCAUCGGAGUCUGUCGGCCCCGGAUCCGAGAGCGGCGUAUGCGGCGUCGGCAGAGUUCUCGCGUUCUACGUCGUCGUUUGCUGGCAGUGCGAAGAUGGGCGGGUGGAACAAGGGGAAGGGCUCGUAGCAUGGCGAGUCUGCACUGUGAGGAGUUACGUGCUGCAACGGAAGUCAAGUGGACAUUUGGAUAGAGUAGGAUUGUAUUUACCAAGGACCUAUUCCCUAUCUUCAGGACACCAAUAACAGAUACAGUACAUGGAACAUGCAUCCCAAAAGUUCCCGCAGUCACCCAAAAACACGAUAAGAGUUGUGAUUUGAUUUGAUGCUCACUUUUCAUAUAGAUAUUACACCUUAUGCUGA